UAAAUCACUUGCGUGAUUUUGACAGGGUUCGCGGAUUGAGCAACGCGCAACCGGAGUGUCAUCCUGGGGGACUUGCUCCGGACUCUGCCGGGACUGGUUCCAGGAAUGAUUGCUGAUAUGUAUAGCUUCUUAGUUCUCUUAGGAUAAGGCACAGAUGGUGCGGCUCGCGCUGCUCGCGCUGCUGGUUGUGUUGCUUCAGGUUGCGCUUGGCCAGCCAUCAGCAAUAAGGACAGUAUUUAUAGAGUCAGGACUUGACUUUGUUCGCUCUUUGGCGGACCCCACAGUUGGCACAUUAGUGUUGCCACCCGCAUGCCGUGUGCGCGUCAGCGAUUUCAGCGAGUUCGACGAUGUCAUCGUUGUUACAAGGAAUUACACGAUGCGGGGUCUGUCGGCUACCAGCCCCUCCAUUCUGGAUCUUGGCAGCCCAGAUGUUCGCGGCAAGGUCCGGCUGGCCAACGGCGUGUUCGCCACCAUGCGCUGGGUGGUCCUGACCCACAUGCGCGCCGGCUCAAUCACCCAGACGCCGGGGCUGGACAUGUUUGCGCCGGCGAUACCAGGCGAGCUGGCGACCAUGCAUCUGGACGCCAGCUACACACUGCCCGAGGUGUGCUUCCCGCUCUCCAUACUCAGCGGGCUGACCGCCGCCUUCCUGCCUCAGCGGCCACCGGAGCUGCCCGGCAACACCUCCUUCGACUUCUCCGCGCCACUGCCCGCGCCGCCCGGCAACUGCUCCAGCAGCCCCGCCGCGCCGCCGCUGCAGCGCUGCUACCUGUACGCGGCGCGCUACGCGGACUUGGCGGCGUACGGCGCCGACCUCAGCCCCAGCAGCGGCCUGGUGUCCAGGAACGGCUACCUGCUGUACUUCACGGACGUGCUGGUGCUGUGCUCCGAGGUGCUGGCGGACGACUGCAUCGCGGCGCUGGGGCUGGUGGGCUGCUCCACAGCCACACACGCGGCCAUACUCGCGCAGCGCCAGCCGCCGCCGGCCGAGCCAGCGGGCGGCGCCACGGCGGGCGGCACGGGCGACGACUGGCCGCCCCUCGCGCCACCGCCGCUGCCUGUGCCGGGCAGGGCCAUUGCAGCGGCGGCGGCCGCGUCUGGCGCUGACGGCACUCGGGCGGGGGUGCUGGUCGGCGCCGUUGUGGGAGGAGUAGCUGGAGGUGUGCUGCUGGCGGCGGCAGUGGCCAUGGGUGCGGUGCUGCUGCUGCGGCACCGGCGCCGGCGAUUGCGGCUGCGGGCGCAACUGGGCAUGGGGCAGAGCGCAGCGCAGCCGCGGAAGCAGCCAGAGGCGGGCGAGGGCGACAGCAGCGGCAGCGGCAGUGCGCCUGCCAGUGGGGGAGGCACUGGCUCCCAGCUGACAACGGGAGCCCUCACAGCGACGCCACCCCUGGAGCUGCCGCCGCCGCGGGGCUGUAGCUGGGCGGCUCGCAUGGCGCUGGGGAGCUGCGGCGGCGGCAGCUGCUGCUGCGGCGCCGCGCAGGGUGGCAGCGCCGCCGCGUGUGGCUGCGGCCUCUGCACGGCCUGUGGCGGUGCUGGGUUCUUUGAGAGCGGCGGCAGUCCGCACGUGGCGGGCAGCCGGACUGCGGCGGGACUGGAAUCCUCCAGCGAUUGCGCAUUUUCCACCCUCGCCGCCAGCGCGCUCGCCACCACUGCCAUAGCGCUAUCAGGCGGCGGUGGCGCCUGGACCCCCACGGCGCGGGGGCCGGCAGCGUGCAACACCGGCCUGCGCUCCACGGCGGGUGCAGCUGGCGCCGCCGGCACAGCCGCAGCGGCAUGUGGUGGCGGCAUGGCGCCGGGCGGUGCGGAGCCCAGGCCGGGGCUGCCGGAGCAGGCGGCUGGAGGUGGCAGUGGCUGCGGGAGCGGCAGCGGCAGUGGUGGGGCUUGGCCGGCCGCAUCGCCGCCGGGAGGGUCCACGGAGGGGCUAUUCCAGUGCGGCGCUGCGGCCAGCUCCGCCGCCAGCAGCAGCCGGGCGCACCUGCACAGCUGGGCGGGCACUGUGCCAGGUGCCAGUGCGGGUGCGGGUGCUACUGAGGGCGCAGCCGGUGAGGUGCUGUCGCCGCUGACGCCCCAGCGGCCAGACCUUGACACUUCAGUGACGCUGGUGCUGGGGACCGGCCCGGGCCCUGAGCUGGCCAGUAGGGCCACUGCAGCGGGAGCUGCGGCGGGGCCGGGGGCGGGCCGUGUCCAUCUGCUGGCGGGGACAGGCCCUGCCAACGCAGGAAGAGCCAUUGCCAGCGGUGUUGUCGUCAACGUGGGAGCAGGAGGAGCAGCGCUGCUCCCGCCGCCUGCAGGCGCCGCAGCUCCUGCCGGCAGCGGGCCUGGUAGCCGCGGCCGCACCGGCACCGGCACCGGCACCGCCAGCAGCAGCCCUGCUGCCACCAUGUGCGGCACCAGCACGUGUGCGGCGCGGCCGGAGCUGGACAGCAGCGGCGACAGCGGCGGCUGCGACAGCGGCACCGGCACAGGCAGUGCUAUGGCGGCGGUGAACCAGGUCACACUGCUGCCCACAGUGCUGGGGCGGGGCGGCUUCGGCCGUGUGUACGAGGGGCUCUACCGCGGCCAGCGGGUGGCGGUCAAGGUCAUACACGUGCCAUUGGCACAGCCGGCGCCGCAGCCAUCGCGGCCUGGAGAGGCUGCUGCGGGGGCGCCUGCAGACGCGGGCGCAUGGGGUCCGGGCGGCGGGCAUGACGGCGACGGCCCGGUCCUGAGUCCCAGUGUGUUGUAUGAGUCGCAGGACAGCGGCCAGCUGAGGGGCGUGGGGGCGGCCGCGGCAGCAGCAGCAGCAGCAGCCGCCAAAGUCCCCACAGACCAAGCCAGUCUUCUCGAGACCGAGGCGCUCCCGCCAUCGCCCGACCUGCAGCAGCUGCACGGGCUGCCGGCACAGGGCCAGCUGCCCCAGGCCAGUGGCGCGCCGGGCAGUGCGCAGCAGGAGGCAUGCGAGGGUGGCGGCGGCGCGGUGGGUGUGGCGACUGCUAGGGCGGCGGCGGCGGGCGGCGGCGGCGGCGGCGGGCGCCACGGCGGCGAUGUCCUGCGGCAGAGCCAGAUGGUGUUGGGCGGCCCCGCCGCAGCAGGAGCCGGAGCCCGAGCCGCAUCUGGAGGCGGAGGCGGAGGCCAGCCGCUGCCACAAGCACCCCCAUCACCAGGACCAGGGGGAGGCUUUGUGCUGCCGCCGCCCGUGGCCUGGCCUGCGCCGGCUCCGGAGUGUGGGCGGGAAGACGACCGCGACGGCCAGCUGGACUCAUUCCACCACGAGGUGCAGAUCCUGGGCCGCUGCCAUCACCCGUGCAUCGUGCAGCUGCUGGCUGUGUGCCUGACGCCGCCGCGCCUGAGCCUGGUGAUGGAGGCGAUGGAGACCAGCCUGGACAAGCUCAUCUACGGGGGGGCUCGGGGCAGCAGCAGCCCGCCGCAGCUGCUGCCGCUGCCCAAGGUGCUGCACAUCGCGCUGCAGAUCGCGCGGGGCCUGGAGUACCUGCACCCGGGAGUGGUGCACAGGGACCUCAAGCCCGCCAACGUGCUGCUGAACGGCGCGCACACCGACCGGCCAGUGGUCAAGCUCACGGACUUUGGUCUGAGCCGCAUCCGGCUGGCCACACAGGCCACCGCCCACCCGGAGGCGGGCACGCCCGCCUUCAUUGCUCCCGAGUGCUUUGACGCCGCCAACCUGGGGCUGGUCAAGCACCAGGCCGACAUCUACAGCUUUGGCGUGGUGCUGUGGAGUAUGCUGACCGGCGAGGAGCCCUGGGCGGGUCUCAACAUGGUGCUCAUCGCGGUGCAGAUCAGCCUGCACAAGAGACAGCUGCUGGUGCACCACCUGCCCGAGGAGCGCUGCCCGCACAAGCUCAAGCGCCUGCUGUGGCGGUGCUUCGAGUACGAGCCGAUGCGCCGCCCCGCGGCCGCUGACCUGGUGAAGGACCUGCUGCUGCUCCAGGAGGACCUGCAGCGCCGCGACCUGCGCCUGCAGCAGUAGCAGUAGGCCCAGCAGUAGGCGGCUGUAGCAGCUGCAGCCGUAGCAGGAGCAAGAGAGGGAGCAGCAGCAACAACAGCAGGAUCAGCAGCAGCGGCAGCAACACCAGCAGUCAAAGCAGCAUUGGCUAGCGCUGCAGUGGUCCACGACCACGACCACGACCACGGCCGGCAGCACAGGGUCCGCUCCUCUGGCGGCAGCGGCAGCGACAACGGCAGGGUGGUGAAGCAGGGACAGUAUGCGUGAAUUUGAUCAUUUCGGAACAUGGCGAGUGAAGUUGUCAGCUGGGCGAUCAGUGAUGGGGUCAGCCAGGGAGCAGCAACACGUUUUGUGAGCGGUGGGAGGGGCGCAGCCUGCGGGGCACGCAGUGACUAGCCGCCGCCACGUGGUGUCGUACUUUACACUCCUGGCACAGGACAGCAGGAGUGAGGGUUGCUGUAGCACGCGGUUGCGGCGUGUCCAAGAAGGUGUGAGGGCUGUACCUAAAACCCUUACAACUGUAUCAAUGUCCUAUUACAUUACGAUACUCGGUAGAGUAGGAUCUGGAGCGGCGAGACCCAGAGCAACUUGAUGUGUGCGAGACAUGAUAUCCACACAACAAGCGGCACUGUAUGAGCAACAAAUCAACCGCUUCAGCAAUUGCAUUGUACCGGCAGCGUGCAGGUUGCAGGCCGUAUGACGUAUGACGUAAGUUGUUUAGGUUUGCAUUUGCGCUGCCUAAUAAAGUGGCGGUUGCUGGAUGAUAGCACCAAUAUUGCGCCAGGGAAGAGCACGGGUGCGGCAGCGGGGGAUUGCCUCUGUGAUGCCGGGCGGGUGGACGGCACGGGGCAGUGGGGCGCACAUGUGCAGGCGUGCAUGCAGGCAUGCAGAGCAGCGGUAUUAAUGGAAUGGCGCUGUGGACAAACACAGCAGUGUUUUGUCCUUUUCGAAUUGAAUGGGUGAAAGAUUACUACUGGCGAACACUUGGCGGCACUGAUCACGGCACCCCUGGCGUGGGCCUCAAGGCGAGGCCCUGCUUUCUCAGGGCUGGAGGUGGUGGCGCGCGGAUGGUGUCUGAGUGAUGCCGUGUGCGGCACAGGGCAACAGCGGCAGUGUGUGUGUGUAGUGCAUGUGCAUGUGUGUGUGUGUGUGUGUGUGUGUGUGUGUGUGUGUGUGUGUGUGUGUGUGUGUGUGUGUGUGUGUGUGUGUGUGUGUGUGUUGUACCAGGUGGUGCCCCUAAUCUUGUGCCCUUUACUGCCUCUUUAAAUUGUAGGCCCGGCGCGGGGUUGCCCUUACAGUGCCAACAGUUGUAGUAUCCCCUAUCCAACAUUGACGAUUAUUCUUCCCGCCUCGUAAGGCUGUCCUGCCCUUGCAAAAUUACGUUUAUGGCGAUCCAACUGCAUAAGAAGACGAGGGGCGGUGUAUGCGUGAGCGGGUAGAUGCUGAACGAAACAUGGCUCUCUUGUGUGCAAGCUCGGACGCCCGGUCCUGCCAACGGGGUUGCCGCGCUCAGCGUCCGCACUUCAUCUUUGGUUACUUCACCCUAUGGGUGUCGUUUGAGCCACAGGCGCGCUGGUGCAUGGCUGGUGGGCAAGGCAAUGGCACUGCCCGUCAUUGGCGUGACACGCAGUGCAGGGGCGUGAUCGCGGUUCCAAGCCUGUCGCUGAGCGCGCGCGGGCUCACAGCCCCACAUGUGCGUCGGAGGCGCAACGUGUUUGAUGGCCCCCGCUGCUCUUCAGUCGCGUACCGCCGCAGUAUCUCCGGGCUGAGCGCUGAUGGGGAGGCACCCGUGGACACAUUCGUUGCUGCCCAUAGCGGAGGCUGUGAUUGCUUCAGGCCCGUUUACUGGCACGGGGCCGUACGACAGUUGCGCGAAGGCGCUUCAGUUUUGAAUUCGGUGUGAUGUAUCCGAGUACAGCAGGGGAGAAGAGUGGAGUACAGGCGGUGUCUGCCGAACAAGAUGAAGCCGGGCAAAACCUAGGUUUAGGACAUCAGCACAUGGCGUGUUUUGAUGCCAGGCUGCGCCGCAAACGCACGCUCACACCGGUA